AUGCCUCCUACACCCCGACAUGGGGCCGGUUAUGAUCAGGACGAACCAUACUCUACACGGCACUCAGCCAGACUGGCUAGUCAACGAGCCUCAAGAGAGACCCGCUCCACGCCGCCGCCUCCCAGCUUUCGAUCAUCGCACGCCUACUCGAGACCAAGAAAGACCAGGGAACAAAAUGAUGACCUUGACGCAUUGUCUCCGCCACGAUCCAUUUCCGGCUCUCCCCGGAAGUUGAAGUCGGACCGAGUCGCUGAUUUCACCACGGCGCAUUCACAGCGCGAAGUCUCCGAACUGGACAAAUCGGAUCCUUUCAAUACCUCCGAGUCGUCUUCCACCAACAAUCAUCGUCAGUCAUCUCGAGCGAUUGUGACAGAAGGGAUGUUACCCACUCCCGCCAAAACGCCUCGGAAAAAAGCCGUCGGUGACGCUGGUUCGAUUGCACGAACCCUUUUCCCUCAACACCCCCCGCCGAGUUCUACGCGUGGCAGGAAAGGCAAGAAACAUACCGGAUUUUCGCUAGACAGCUUCAAUGAAGACAAUGCCCAAAACGGUUCCCAGAUUCAAAUAUACACCGACUCUCGUGACCGCAUACCGGAACUAGAUGCAAGCGAGGAGAAUCCAUUCAACAAUAAGCCCGCCAAAAGUGAUCCUCAUACGCGAACCUCAAGGCGUCUGGAAGGUCGCAUGGAGCGCGAUAAAGAUGUUAACGAAUCUGUGAAACGACGCGAUGGCAUGGUCUACGUCUUCCGCGGCAAAAAAAUGUUUCGAAAAUUCAAUGAUACACUCGAUAGUGAUGGAGAAGACGAUGAUACCGAUGAUGAUCUGGGUCUACUUUCAGCUCGCCCCGAUCUCAUCGACCCGUCUUCUUCCCCUCGCGUUCGGCCUCUGACUCGCUCCUCCAUCAAACCUCGUGUGCUAUUCCCCAGUGCGAAUGACCGCGCCCCUCGAGAAGAGCCCGCCGAAGACCCGGAUGAAGAAGAAGUAGCCACCGAUAUUGAGGACCAGGCGUUUGCCUCUGAAGUAGCAGAUGACCUGGACAACGACGACGUGGAAAUGAAUCAGCGACCGACCACCCCGGAUAUGAAUCCCGCUUCGCAACCCACCUCGCCUGGCGUUGGGACGAUUCGUUCACUGCGUUCUCGAUCCAAGCGAGAUGAUCUCGAGCAAAGCCAGACGCCUGCAAUUCCCGAGGCCAAGAAAAAGCGAGCUAGCCCAUUUGAUGGUUGGUUGCGCAAAAAGCAAACUCCUGCCGGUGCCGCGGUCAAACCCAAAAAGCGAGAUGCAGAAGCUGCAAACAGCCCUGGUGGCCCAGCUACCAAAAGGACAAGGGGCAACAGAACCACUGUCUCAUAA